CUCCACAACUAACAAAGUAUGAAGAAGUCUUCUUCUGACGGAGAAUUUUGCCAUAAACACACAAAAGAGAAAAUAGUCGUCGUAAAGGGGCCCACUGCUGCUGGAAAAUUCAAGUUCUCAAUCGACUUAGCCACUCAUUUCUUCCCUAAAAUCAUCAACUCAGAUAAAAUGCAAGUAUACAAGGGUCUUGACAUGUACACAAACAAAAUACCAAGGCCUGAUCGUAGAGUCCCUCACCAUAUGUUGGGAGACUUUGCAUCCGAGGAGAUCCGCCACUUCCUUUGGGUGGACGAGCCGUUGGAUCGAUAUGUUUUGAAGAGAUCUAUAGACCAUAUGCGGAACUCAGGAUUGUGGGAAGAGUUAGGAGAAGAGUAUUUUCAGUACAAGGGUUUUUCAGGUCAAAACUCAGUGAGUAUGAAGAAGGUGAUAAAUGUAGCGAUUCAGUACUGGCGAUGUUUGGAACGAUUCGAGAGGGAGGAGUCGAAGCUUCAAAGGCAGAGAGAAGAUGGUCGGGAACCACCAAAGUUUCGGCGACCCAAAGUUGGGAAAAACAGGUUGAACCAACCACGAAGGUCUUAA